CUAUCUGUACUGCGUAACCGAUAUUCGAGCUCUAACACAAAAUGACAAAGCUGAGCAGCGACCCCACUUGGUGGUAUGCUGAAACUGUAGGGUUGCUGGCACGGCUCUUCAACGUUGUCAUGCUUUGUUAUCAAUUAUGAGCGCGCGCAAGCCAGCUCGCCUGGCUAGGGGCAAAAGGCGCCCAACAGCCUAACGGGAGGCUAUGGCCGUCAAGCGGCUAUGGUGCUGCUUUAAUGGUGGCGCCGUGGACCAGGCCUUCAAACCGCUUGGAGAUGGCAGUGCGCACUCAUAUGCGAGGAGGACUGAAGAAGCAGCGGCAGAGCCUGUUAAGGCACCGCAGGCCUCACGGCUGCCAGCAGCUGCGGCGUCCAGGGGCUCAUCUGAUUCGGAGCCCGGGCCCGGGUCUGGCCGGUUGUCGCCGCGUGGCAGCCCCCCGCGCCCGCAACCGCGGCUGCGCACGCUGCCAGCCCCGCCCGCGGGAUCGCGUGCUGGAAGCACGCUGUCCGCCGGGCCCUCCGUGUCAGGCCACACCGCAUGGUCCGCAGCAUCCUCAGAGGGCCACCACCUCGGCCCCUCGCCCAGCCGCCUUAGUGCCGCGAGCCACCCCCACGCGAAUGGCAGCCUCAGCACUGCCCCGGUGUCCCCAUCGCCCGUCAGCCAUAGCGCCGGAGUCACCUCCCCGCUGCUUGGCGCCAGCCGCUCGCGUGGCGCUGGCGGCAUCUCGGCUGUGCCUCCACCGACUUCCCCAGUAUCCAGUAUCUCAGGCAACGGGCCGAUACCAGGUACUAGCCGAGCUGGCAGCGGUGUGGCCAACGCGCUGUCAGGGGCGCUGCGCGCGCUCAAGCGCCACGGCACCAACAUCGGCACCAAGGCGCCUUCAGACCGUGCCAGCCUGCAGCGCAUCACGGGCGGCGGCGGCGCGCCGCUGAUCAGCAGCGUGCCGCCGCCGCCGCCUGGGCUACACCGCUCGCCGUCCGACAUCCGGCAGCACCUGCAGUCGCAGGCGCCCAAGCGCUCCAUCCUCAAGCACACGUCUACCGGCCGCACUCUGUCGCAUUCCCGGCUGAGCCGCUCCUCGAAAAGCAUUGGCGCCCGGCCCCCGGGCGAGUCCGCCGUGUCGUUCCAGGUAGCGGACGGCGGCGGGGAGGAGCCACACGACACAGCGGCAGGCGGCGGCGACGGCAGUGACGCGGAGGCGCCGCCUGUGCGGCGGCGCGGCUCGCCAGCGGGCGGCGUGUCCUUUCGACUGGUGGAGGAAGGCGACGAGGCGGGCGGCAGCGGCGGGAGUGGGAGUGGCGGCAGCGAUGGCGCGGUUGGGCAUGAGGCGGAGGGCGCUGUCAGCCGGACUGUGUCACGCCAGCGGGGCAGCAAGUCGGUGCGGGUGGUGGUGCCCGAGGACGGCCCAGACGCUGAUGAGUUGCGGCGAGCGGCUGAGCUGGCGGCCGUGGGCAUGUCGGCGGCGGCGGAGGCGGCAGCGGCGGCUGCGGCUGCGCGCGCUCCGGCGGUGGCGGUGAAGCUGCAGGCGGCAGGCGGUGGCGCGUCCAACGACGACAGCGAGGAUGACGAAGAAGAGCAGAUUGGCGCAUCGGCUGCAGCUGAGGCGGCGGUCCGGAGGGCUAUGCGCACUUCCACAGGCGGCCUGACGGGGCGGCUGGUGUCGCCAGCGGCGGCGGGCUCGCUGCCUGCGCGUGCGCGAUCCCUUGGUUGUGCUGCAACGCCGCUGGAGGUGUUUGAAGCUCCGCGCGCCGGCAGUACCACCCAUAGCUCCAGCAAGCAGCAGCAGCAGCAGCGGCGCGGUUGCGGCCCUGCCCGUGUCACCACCUUCCUACGCCCAGUAUUCGGCGGGGGCGGCGCCGCCGGCGCUGCUGCGGACGGCAGCGGCGGAGGCGAGCACGGGGCAGGCAUUGCACCGACGGCAGUGGCGGCGGGGCCGGCCGCGGCCGCGUCUCCCUCUGCCUCGGUACCCGACGCGGUCGUGCGCUUCCGCCGGCCCCUGUCUCGCUCCGCCUCCACGUCAUCCCUCAACACCACCAUUGACGGCGCCGUCGCUGCGGCGGCCCCUAGCAUCGACGGCAGCGCCUUCACUCGCCACGCCGUUGACGACAGCGGCUCGACCCAGCCGUUCAUCUCGGUGACCGGCGGCGGCGCCACAAGUGCCGGCGGCGCUACAACACCAGAUGACGGCGGCUUCGCCGCUUCUGCGUCCCGGUUCGGGCCACGCGGCGGCACCGGCGGCCAUAAACUGAUGUCCAUGCAGUCGGUCAUGGAGCAGCACCGGGGCCAGGAGCUGCAGCGGCUGGGCCUCGGCGGUGAGCGGCUGGCCGACGCGGGCGACGCCAGUGUCGGCAACAGCUUGGACGGUGGCGCGUUGGGGUUGGAGCUGCCGGAGCCAGGCGCGGUAUUGCCGGUGCGGUACGGCUUGUCGGCCGGCGAGGCUGCGGCGCAGGACGUUGUUGUUCCUGCUGCUGUGGGAGCAGCGGCGCCUGCCGGCGAGCAGUCGCUGCUGCGAGAGCUGGCGGCGGAGGCGCCGUCCUCGGGCUUCUUCCUGCGCGCCAGCCACGCCAGCAGCAGCAGCCCCGGCUCCGGCGAGCUGCUGUCCGCCAGCCUAAGCGGCGCCGACUGGGUGGGCGCGCACCCGCACACGGGCGCCACCGCCGACACGCUGGUGAGCGGGCACAGCCACGUCAGCGGCGGCGGCGGUGGCGGCGGCUUGGCGCGCGCCCACGUUGCACUUAGCCCCGUGUAUCGGCAUUCGGACGGCUCAGAUGUCGGCGCCGCCGCCACCUCAAGCAGGCUGAGUGCACGGCCGCAGCAGGCGCUGCAUCCAGCACAUCAGCGCCCGUCGCCGGUGACCAGUCACCAUCGGCCGGGGUCCAGCUCGCAGCACCAACACCAGCAGCGCCGCUCCUCAGGUAAUGGCGGGGCGGCCAGCUCCCGCGGCAGGGACAGUGGAGGCGGGGCCGACGCAACCUUCGACCGCGCGAGCGGGGGCGGGUGUGGGCAGCAGGAGUCGGCGCCGUUAGUCGUGCUGCCUGGCGGCGGCCCCGACGUUGUCAGCGAGUCCGCGCAUGAAGGAGCUGCGGGAGCCGAGUCACGGGCUGCGUCGGCGGCGCAACUGCCACCCUUCACGCCGUCAACGGGCAGUGUAGCAGGGCUGCCCCCGGCGCUCAGCAGCGGAGGUGGCGGCGGCAGCGGGGCACUGCCAGGGCCUGGCAGCCGCACCGUGUCACACUCGCACAUACAGCUGCCGGCACCGCUGUCGUCAGCGCUGCUGACGACGCGCGGCGCGUCGCCGUCACCGUCGUUCUCGGCUCGAAUGCUGGCGGCGGCGACCGGCGGGCGCAUGGGGGCGACAGUUGUGCCGGCGCCCUCUCCGCUCUCGCCGCUGGGCGGCGGCAGUGGCGGUGGUGCUGGCAGCGGCCCAGGCACGGGGCCUGUGACUCAGUUGGGCGCGUCGCCGACGAUACUGCAACGCAAUUGUAGCAUGGCCGGCGCGACAGGACCCAGUCCGACGCUACCGACGGCGCCGCAUCGGCCCCUGCCGCACAUGGCAUCACCACUGCCUGCGGCAUCAACAGCAAACAGCCCCGCGGGUGGCGCUGUCCCGACUGCAUCCUCCGCAUCCGGCGGCGCUGCCGCCCUGGCGGCGGCAGCAAUGGCUGCGUCAAUAACGAGUCCGGCGGCCGCGCAGCCCCCUGCAAUAGAUGUGACGGCGAGGCAUGGGCACAGCACUGGGGCUACGGAGGGGCUCGGCACGCGCGUGCUCAGCCCGCGGCAGGACUCGGUCGUGCGGGUGCCUGCGCAGUUGGCCCGGGCUUUCUCGCUGUCGGCGUCGGAGGCGGGCCCGGCACCUGUGGGUGCUAAGGCAGCCGCAGGCGGUGCCGACGGUGGCGGCGCUGCCAGCGGCGCUGCCGCGACCAGCACGUCGGGUGCUGAUGGCGGCGGUCCCCCAGCAUCACCCUCGCGGCUGGCAUCGGCGUUGUCGUCGCCAGCAUUGGUGCCGGGCGGCCGCGGUGGUGGCUGGGGCGGCGGUGGCGGCAACUCCGCAGGCGCGUUGCCGCCUGGUCUGGAGGGCUGCCUGCAGUCCUCACGGCCAAACUCCCCGGCCUAUUGCACGCCGCCCGGCGCCUCUGGCGCCGGAGCAGCCCUGGCCGGCGCAACUACCACAACCACCAUCAGCAACGAUGCGCACGCCAAGGAUGGCGCAGCCGUGGGCUCAGCAGCCGAUGACGGAGGCGGGGGAGGCGGGGGCUCCUUCCUCGCUGGGCGGUUCGGCAUGGCGGGCUCGUGGCGGCAGCUCGCCAGCCCGCUGUCUACGCUGCGCGCAGUGCUCGCCGACGGCGGAUCGCUGGGAGGCGGCGGGAAUGGCGGCCACGGCAGCGGCACGGGCAGCCACGCGGGCAGCAGCGGCGCCGUCAGCAGCGACUACGACAACAGCUCUUCGGCGUUGUCGCCGCCGCAGUACCAGCAGGCGCAGCAGCUGCAGCGCUCGCCGGGCUCCAUGGCUGCUACUGGGCACGACUCCAGCGGUCACACCCUGUUGUCACGGCUCAGCAUCCGGGUAGCUCCGCCCACCAUGUCCACGCAGGGAUGCCACCAACACAUAAGUCCCGUUGGCGGCGGCGGCGGUGGCUCCGGCCCGGGAAGCGGAGUUGGUGGCGGCCGCCGCCCCGGCACACCGACUGCCGGCGGCAGUCGGCUGGCCAUGGCUGUGCCGCCGUACGCCGCGGAGAUGGAGGCGGCCGGCUCCAGUGCUUGUGACGCGGGCGGCAGCGGCGGUGGGACGGACUCGCUAAGCCCCAAGUCGCCGGGCAUGGGAACCGGCUUGCAACCAGACACCAGCCUGCCUGCCCGCACCGGAGGCAUGGGCGCAGGCGCAGGUGGUGGGGGCUCAAGCGCCAGCAGUGUGCCUCACGAGUUGCUAGCCCGGCGCAAGCGUGGGUCGGCCACCGGCACGGAGUACGCAAACUACAUGGCCGCCAAAGUGGCCGGUGCCUCCGGUGCCGGCGGCGGCGCCGUCAGGAACGGCGGCGCGGAGGCCGCAUCCGACGGCAGCGCCUCCGCUCGCGGCGGUUGCCGCAAGAACCGGACGAUGAGCACCGGCGGCACCAGCCUGACCGGCCGUGCCAUGUAUGCUCUGGAGUCAAUGGCGGCGAACCUAGGCUUCACGCGGCGCUCGGUGCCCGGCCCGGUGCCCGGCAGUGGAGAAGACACUGCAGGGAACAGAGGUGGCGGCGGCCGCGGUGGCAGCGGCGGCGGCGGCGGUGUAGCAGCGGCACUGCCGCGCUCGCCGAGGCCGGUGGUGGGCACGGGCUGGGACAGCAGCGAGAUGGUAGAGGCCCUGGGCGGUGAUCUCGAGGCGCAGGGGGACGAGUUUGCCGUGGAAGUCCUGAACAUGUCACCUCGAAAACCGGCUCCGGCCGUGCCUUCCGGCUGGGCCGCACCCGGCAUCAGCGCCAGCGGGAUGCUUGCUGUGGCCAACGCUGCCACAGCCGCGGCAACGGCCAGCAUCGCCCUUGCCGCAAUGAGCCCUGCGGGCCCGCGGCCACGAGCAGGGUCCAUGCAGGGAGUGAUCUUGCACCCCAGAAGCCCCAGGGCCGCCCUGGGCUUGGACCGCAGUGCCCGCGGCUUUGAGCACCUGCACGGCGGCGAGGAGGGCGGACAGGGCGGCUGGGGGCUGCGAGAGGAGGAGGAGGACGUGCUGGGCAGGUUGGAGGGAGAGGAGGCCGGCAGCGCCAAGGCAGCUGUGCGCAUACCAUCAGGCGCCGCGCUACUGGCAGCAGGGCCAGCAGCUGCAGACGCAGGCCACCCAUCUACGCCGCGCUUCGGACGCCGCGCAGCGGCCGCGGCCGCAUUCGGCAGCAGAGGUGCCAGCGGGAGCCCCGUUGCGGCUGGUACGGCGUCAGGCUUGCACGCGACGCCGCGUCACAGCCUGCAGCUUUCGUCCGCGCUGCGCCGGGCGCCUACCCUGCCAACCCGUGGCGCAGGCGGUGACGGUGCAGCGCAAGGAACACAGUCGGUGGUGGCGGGGGGCGCGUCAGCGGCUGCACUUGUCCCGCGGUACUCCACACCCGGCACAAGCUUGGCGUAUGCAGUAAUGGCGCAAGGCCGGCUGAGUGGCAGCGGCGUCAGCCCCGGUGCAGGGUCGCCGGUCGCAGCCAUGGUGGGGCCGCCGCCACCGGAGCGGCUUCGGCGGGAUUCAAGUCGUCUGCUCACAGACUGGACGGCAGCAGGCACUGCAGCGGCAGCCAGCGGUGCUACUGGCGGCGUAGGCUUGGACAGGGCUUCGGCAGCAGCAGCACGCAUGGUUACGGUUGCUGCAGCAGCUGCGCCAGCUUCACAGGAUUCCGGGCCAGACGGCCAUAACAGCGGAAACGUGAACAUGCAUUUAGACCCGAGUCUGGAUCAGAGCCAAAGCUUGCUUGGGCCGCUGCCAGGGGCAGUGUCAUGAGCAAUUGAUCGGCGCAUCAACAGCAGGUAGCUUCGUCAAAGAACAUGUGUACGAUCGUCCCUGGCAUAGGGCAAGUUUGCCACUGCCUGAUUCCCUAAAUUCAUGUGCUUACUGAUGUCUCUAGGCUAGCAUAACGUGAUGAUAACGAUGUGAGGCGGAAGGCGUACAUCAGUACGUACGCAUUUGGGCAUACUUGUUUCUUCUUGACGCAUCAGUGAUGAAUGCGGAGAGCCACCACGCCGAUUACAGCAGCUUACGAGGACGCGGUUUGGCAUUUGAGCGCACUGCACGAUGGUAAGGACGGCGGUGGCGCUGCAACAUGUGCCACUAGCGUGAUCAUCGUCCAAAUGCAAGCACGUACUCCUGGUUUGCAUAGCAUGUUCAGGAGCAACCAGAUUGAGGUCAGCCGGUGCCUGCUGGUUUGGGGCAAGCGGGGAGCACAGCAAGUAAUGGGCAACAGUAGCAGUGUGUCGGCUGCCUGAAGCAAGGCUGUUUGAAUGGGAGCUGUAGUGCUCAGCCACGGAAACCUGCCUGGCGGUGCUUGUCAAGACCCGCCCCGGCUAUGUUUUGUCAAGUUGCCAUGCCCAGCGCCGCAGCCGCCUGCAUCUUGUAGGGCUGUCGCGAUCCAGCAGUGACCCGUAGACGACUCACACUGCACGACUGACGCUACAGCUGGUCCCCAAUCGCCUGACCGCGCCUCGGUCACCGCGGCGUGGAGAUUUGAAGCAAUGGAGCCUUGACCAUUCAUUGACGUGCUUGAAAAAACGCAACACGCACAUGGGACCAUUAUAUGAUCCCAU